CAAUUCAAAACGUCAAAUGACCAUAUAAAUGAGAAGUCAGCCAAAAUGUAUCCUUUUCUCCAACCUAAAUGAAGUGAAACUUUCUUUCUUUUCCUAAUAUACUCCCAAUUUUCAGUAAUGCAGUGCAUUUCUCUUUAUCACUUACAUGCCGUAGAGGAGUAUUUUGUUUGUUUGUUUGUUUGUUUCUGUUCGAUUUUUGAAUACAGCGGAAAAUUCAUGGAAGUCAGUUUGGGUGUCUUUUACGAAGUGUUGUUGUUCAUCUCUCAGUACCCGAUCACGAAGACGAUGUGCCCGAACUGUACGAGGGAGACAUUGCACUAACUAAAGAACAGGCCGAAAUUCUUAAGCCGUCACGGCCAACCGUCAACAAGGCAGUGGACUGGAAUCAAGAGGCUCAAACGAGAGGCGCCAUCGCAAAUCCAGGUCCUGACUUUGGCCAGGCGGAAUUGUCCCGUUUCAAAUAAGUUAUGCAAUCGGUAACUGAUCAGUUACUUAUCUCCAUGAGACUCCAGUCUAGAGCUUUAUCAGUAUCCUUACAUUUAUUAUCCAACUGCACUAAGUAGAGUACAAAUAACACUUGAAUAGAGUAAAAAAAGAAUCCUGCGAUAUUCAACGGUUAUUUGUACAGUUGGUUAUUUCGUAUUGUAAAAACACCUGUUUAACCAGUGACUGCGCGUUGUUUGCAUUUUGACUCGCUGUACGCGCUCUUCAAAAUAUGGCAUAACUCGUAAAAAUACUCAGCAAUACUACACACGAAAUAACGCUUGAAUAGAGUAAAAAAAGAAUCCUGCGAUAUUCAACGGUUAUUUGUACAGUUGGUUAUUUCGUAUUGUAAAAACACCUGUUUAACCAGUGACUGCGCGUUGUUUGCAUUUUGACUCGCUGUACGCGCUCUUCAAAAUAUGGCAUAACUCGUAAAAAUACUCAGCAAUACUACACACGAAAAAGUCUUAUAAGAUAUAUUUAUCCAAUGUUGCAUUAGCGCUAAAUCUUAACCGAAACUUUUCGGUCCUACGCGUUGCCUUUUAAUUCUUUCAACACAUGAACUAUUCUGAUAUUUGCCUUUGUAAACGUUUCUCAUUCAUAUAAUUAGACGUUAAAGGAAGGCAACUGAUUAGAAUCUCGAUGAAAGUUGGAUGGAUCAUGUUCCCUGUCUUCGAUUGUGUUAUUUUUCUACCAAGAAUUGGUAUAAAGGGUUUUUUUUCUUUGUUUUGUCGGUCACGUGAUUUCGGAUUUCUGAGUAUGGUCACGAAACUUCAAGUUCUGGUCAAUGAUUCUUCCCUCGUAAGUUUAUUAUUUCUACAUACUUUCUGUCGCUGUAUCGCGGAGGUAUGAAGAUUUAAGGUUUAUAAUCUAUGUAUUUCGCUUAAGAGUGCUAAAUGCCUUUGCCGCAUUUAAGGGCACAAGAACUGGAAUUGUCUGCCAUUUAAGUCUCGCAUAGGGACAGUGCUAACUUCACCUCACUAUGUUUAUAUAGGAACCAAAGCUGACGGUAAAAAGCCAGAAAGCAAGCCACCCGGGCCUGAGCCAGGUCAGUUUUAAGCUUAAGUAACCCACCUCGUUUGUAGAGCGUCCCCCUCCAGGACAAUAAAAACCGUCAACAACUCAACCGUGGUGAAUAAAGAGUUUCCUUCACUAUGCUACGUUUCAUUUCAAUGAAAGACAGUUGUGCAGUCGUUGUUCUUUCUAUCCAGGUAUAGAGGCUAGCAACACUAUUGAAAGAUAAUAGCUUCAUCUGAGUAGCAUGUCUCUGAAAGAAGACUUGAAAACACUAGGACCCAUUUAUAUGGUCUCGUUUCCUCAAUGUUACGGACGAGGUUCAAUUUUGAAUUCAAAUCUUUUCACAGCGGCACCUCCACGUCCACGUCCACAUCCACAUCCACGUCCAAGUUCAUAUCUCCCUCCUGAUUAUAAAUGGGGCUAGACCACCCCUAAAAUGGGUCGUUAUCCUGUGGGUAUUUUUUUUCAAGAUGGCGGCCUUCAAGCGCACAAAGGCUUCCGGAUUGAGAGGUGAAGGGAUCAGGAGCCAAACGUGGCUUAUUUCAACCGGGAUUUUUGCAGCCUGAUAACAAUAGAGUAAUAAAUGGCGCCUUUCUUCAGAUUUUCCAGGUCUAUUGCCUUUUAUUGAUAUGUAAUGUGGGUAUGGUAGUGAAAACUUAACCGAGAAAAGUGUUAUGAUUGGAAGCGAAAAUUUCGAAGAGAUUCCAGCCGAAGAGAGUUCAAGGUAAUGCUUUUCAAUCGAGAUUUUCUCUGAAGAUGGAAACUGACAUUAAAAUCGAAAGUCAUACGAAGUUUGUUCAUUGUCUCUUCUCAUUAAAAAUGUACAUAUUCAAAGCUUUUGUCCUAAUAUAUUUCAUUCGCAUGAAAAGUGCAUGAAAAAAUAGCGCCUGUCUUUUAGGGUAAAACAAGUCCCGUGAAAAAGCCUUUUUCAAAGUUCACUUUCUCGCAUGGGAUUAUGUAGUAAAAACAGCCGGUUUGUAUAUAACGUGUUGUAUGCAGGAAAAGGUUACGAUCUAGACAAAAGCCAGAGGAAUAAACAUUUUGUGACAGUUGUGCUCAAGUUAAACCAUGAUUUCAAGAGUUUUUAUUGAGUAAGAGUGAACAAGUUAGGGGGAACUCGUUAUCAUCUUUGUUAUGAUAAGAGAGAAACUGCAAAAGGCCCAUGUAAGACUCCGAAUUAAGAAGUCAGUCUUAGUUCGUCUUAGGCACCCAUACAAUUUUCAUUUCAACUCCCUUUCAACCCUUUCAAGCUUGAGGUCCACUACAAUAAGUUUUUAAGUUUCUAAUUUCGAACAACAAUUUGCAAUACUUUGGUGAUACAGUCUGCCGAUAUUGGCAUUUCAAGUCUCCAUAUUACGGUUUUGGUUGGAUACCAAUGCGACAGUCGAGUUUUCAGAACUUAGUUCCAUUCUAUCAGUACCAUAAAAAUGAGAUCAAGCUAAACUUUGUUCAUCAUAUUCAAUCGACUUUGGCUGAGAUGAGAACAAUACAAGGAGUGUUGCUGGUUGCCUUCAUUAACCAGGCCUGCGGGCUCGUAAAACACAAUUGUACUUUAUCUUUCAUUAUUCUAUUUAAUAUUCGAUUUCGUCAUCAAUCGCUGAACCCUGAGCAAGAGAAACUAAUUGUUCAUUUACUCUGAAUCUCCUGACGCGUUUGAACAUUAUCAAGCUAAUCUGUUUUUUCAAAUAAAACAAAAGCAAACCAAUGACUACUCCAACAGAAGAAAUUAGAGUCAAGGUUGCAGCUAAGACAGUACUCAAUGCAUUGUUUAUCAAAAUCACCCGAGCGGGAAUCCUUGGGUUAUGAUAACAUUUGUAAGACGAAUUUUUCGAGUCCCACUGUUCACGAAAAACGUUGACAUGUUUGUAAACGUCCGCAGUCGUUUUGCAUUCGGAGUCUCUGAGUAUAUAAGAACACUCUUUGGUUAUUUGCCGACGGUCCCUAACGACUAAAGCGUCAUGUUCCGAUCGAUUAUUGUAAGACACAUAAAUUUACAGACAAGGAUAAUAAAUUGUGCAUUUGCGUUGGUGUUUCGUUUGAUACAAUGGCAUUGAGGUCUCUUGUCAUGAGCUGUGAUUAGCUUCGUGGCCGUGACACUACAAAUUCCCAAUUUAAAUCUUGAACUUUCGAUCUUUGGAAGCGUAACCAGAACCAACACGAGAAGUAGAGACAAAAUUGAAGUCACAAGGAUUCCUUUGGCCACGCGUGUCACUUUCUUGAUGAGAUCAGCUUGUUGCGACCGGUGGAUAUUCAUUUAAGUCGGACCAAAGAGAAACAGAUACUUACGAUGCUCAGUAAGUUCUAUACUUGUUCUACUUUAUGGCUGCCUAUAGAGGAUAAAACAAAAAGUAUAAAACAACAACUGAUUAGCUGUGGGCUACAUUUUAUUUCAUUCCAGCUCGUUCCAGCACUCUGACUGUUUCGUUUGAUACACUAUGUGACUGUUAAGAAAGAUUUAUAGCCCGUGGCUUAUACACUCGUAUCUGUUUAAUAUAAUGAUUUAUCAGUUCUAUCUUAGAUACUACAAUGAGUUUUAUUUUCUUAAUCAGGUGAAACGAACGUGCAGCCGAGUGACGAAGGUCAACAGAAACUUUAUCAAAGAAUUGAUUAAACUCUACCACACAUGUUAUGAAAAUUAAUUCUCAAUCGAAAAUUUGGUGAACCCGUGCGGUUUCUUCUGAGGAGGAACAAUCAUUGGUAUGGUUGAUUACGUAAUAUUUAAGUGUCAUUCGCGUAAAAUAUCUGAUGCUGUAAAAAAUUCCGAGAGUGAAUGAUUUAAACAGCUGAUUCGAUGUAAUUAAAACUGAAGAAGGCGAGAUGGCUGAAAAAAUACACUAACAAAACAUGUCUGCCGAACGUGUCAACCUGUAAUUGUUUUAUGUUCGAGACACCGCAGACUACUGUGCGUUAAAUUAAAAUUCAUAAGUCCAACAUCAAAACAUUUAGAGCUCCUUCAACAUCAGAGGAUGAAGUGGUUAAAAUGAAAAUGUUAUCUAGAAUACUCUUUAGUUUUCCAUAAUAAUAAGAGUAAUAAUAUGAUGCAUUAUAAAUUGCAACGGCGUUGGUCUAAUGUAUGCUAUGAUUGUCGCUGCAAUUGAAUAGCGUGAUUCAUCGAAAGACUUUCGUUCAGUCUGUCGACUGGAGAAUUUCUGAAGCCAAAAUUUUCGCAUAAACACAACAUUAGUUUCUUUACUAAGACGUACAACUGACAGAAUCACCAAAAAAGACAACAGAUUCGUCAGGAGUUAACAUAAAUAACACGCGGAACAUCUUACCUUAGAGAGCAGAGCCACAAUCUUUCUAUGGAUUAGGAACCUUUGGUAUUUAAGUACGUCAAAGGAAACUAGAAUAAGACAAUUUUAGCAUGUUCUAGAAACCUGAAAAAGAAAAAGGCAAUCAGAAAUAUUGAUUAAAGUCUAAAAUUGACCGCGAUUUGUAACGUUUUCUUCGCCUCCAGGCCAUAUGAAUUAUUAACACAGUGAUAUUCAAUAGCGGUUUUACUCUGCCAACACAAGGUUAUAUUGACGGCUUGGAGUCUGCUACAAUAAGCUUUGAAGAAUUUCUUAUUUCGGCCUAUAUUUGCAAUAUAAAGUUGAUAGCAUCCGUCGGUGUUUACAUUCUUAAGCCCUCUAUUACGUUUCCAUUGGUCACCCUGAAAGAUGUUCUCGGUUCGCUAGAAUCAUAAAAAAGAUAAGGGCAAAAAAAGGCUUACUCAUCAUAAUCAGGCGUUUGUAAGAGAUGAAGGCCUUUCAUCGACCAAGUAGCCUAAGGAUUGUAAAAGCUAGAAGCCAAAAGCUUUCUUAUGGCUGGCCACAUAUUUAAAAUAAAAGGACGGAAAACGCACCAAGAGUGUGAAGAGAUCUACGAGAUAUUACAGAAAAAAAUGAUGAAGAAGAAAAUAGUAAGUGGGACAAAGAUAUGGACACAAAUGCGAAGAUGUAUUUAGAUAUGAGAUGUGAAGGCUUAUUUGAACUAAUUUUGAAAGCUCUCGAUUCUCGGCCCCUCUGACUGAAAUGAACAUCAAUUCUCUUAUUAAUUAGUUCUUAUGAUUUUGUAUUCGCUAGUAUAGCAAGGAAGACCAGAAAUAACAUGACUUGCUGUCGAAUUAUACCUGUAAAUCAGUAAAUGCGCUACAAUUAUCUCUACUACGAGUUCUUAACGUCUAAACCACUCAGACAGCACUCACAUAAUUUUGUAGAAGUAACGGACAAAAGACAUGUAUAUGAUCUAUUAGAUAAAACAAAUAUGAAAAGAAAUAUGACUUAAAGCAAAAAAUAUGUAGACUUAUUUCCCAAGUCAAAUAGCUUGACCUUUCCAAGUAGAAGUCGGCUGAGAAGGUGACGGUGUUACAUUUAAAGGCAUGAAUUUUUCAUAACUUUAAGGAUAAGGCAAGAUGGCUUUACUUGUGAAGCAAUGGCUGUUGCUAUCGUCAGGGAUAUUUAUUGCACACGCUCGGCCGAAAGGUUUGUUUUAUUUUCCCUUUUUUGUUCCUUUUGUUUUUACUUUAUUAUCAAAGGAAUCAAUUAGAUACGACACUAACAAUGUUUAUAUUUGUAAACAAAAUGAGACAGACAAGUUAUUAGGAGUGCUCGGUAGGCGAAAGUUUCCACUCAGUAGGUGACAGAAAAUCAUUGAAAUGAAGGCCACAUUUUAUGAUGAAAUUGUUAUGUUAAGUCCCUUAGGUAACCCUUUGCACUACAAAUAAUUUUAGCCAAACGUAUGGUAUUGUUGACAAAACUGUUACUCAAGGAUGGAAAAAAGAUGGUGCUAUUCGUUGAAACGACAAGUGGCUGGUGGGAUACAAAGAGCUUAACAAAGAUUUCAUUUCACGAUCACAAUCAAUGAAUAGAUCUAUGUCAUGUAAAUUAAUUCGAUUGAUAGAUCUUCCUCAGGGCUAACAGAGAAUGAUUUAAGGUGGAAUUAAAUCAAAGCCUAAUAAUAGAUCGACAUCCCAUGUUACUCAACCAAUGCACUGAUAACGGUUGCUUUUUGCAAUUCAAAACGUCAACCUAAAAAUCUGUCCUUUUCUCCAACCUAAGUAAAACUUUUUUUCUUUUCUUACUAUACUCCCAAUUUUCAGUAAUGCAGUGCAUUUCUCUUAAUCACUUACGGGCCGUACAGAAGUAUUUUGUUUGUUUGUUUGUUUGUUUGUGUUCGAUUUUUAAAUACAGUGUAAAAUUCAUGGAAGUCAGCUUGGGUGUCUUUUGUGAAUUAUUGUUGUUCAUCUCUCAGUACCCGAUUACGAAGACGAUGUGCCCGAACUGUACGAGGGAGACAUUGCACUAACUAAAGAACAGGCCGAAAUUCUUAGGCAGUCACGGCCAACCUUCAACAAGUCAGCAGACUGGAAUCAGGAGGCUCAAACAAGAGACGCUAUAAAGAAUCCACGUCAACUUUGGCCAGGCGGAAUUGUCCCGUUUAAAAUAAGUUAUGCAAUCGGUACCUGAUCAGUUACUUUUCUCCAUCAGACUCUAGUCUAGAGCUUUAUCAGUCAGUAUCCUUACACUUAUUACCCAACCGCACUGAGUAGAGUAUAAAUAACGCUUGAAGAGAGUACAAAUAUCCUGCGAUAUCCUACGGUUAUUUGUGCAGUUGGUUAUUUUGUAUUGUAAAAACAUAUGUUUAACCAGUUGACUGCGCGUUGUUUGUAUUUUGACUCGCUGUACGCGCUCUUCAAAAUAUGGCACAACUCGUGGAAAUACUCAGUGACACUACACACGAAAAUGUCUAAUAAGAUAUAUUAUUCAUAGUUGCAUUGGCGCUAAAUCUUAACCGAAACCUUUCGGUCCUACGCGUUGCCUUUUAAUUCUUUCAACACAUGAAUCAUUCCGAUAUUUGCCUUUGUAAACGUUCCUCAUUCAUAUAAUUAGACGCUAGAGGAAGGCAACUGAUUAGAAACUCGAUGAAAGACUGGAUGGAUCAUGUUCCUUGUCUUCGAUUUAAACAGAGAGAGUCAGAGAGAGGAUACCUCGAGUUUGUCUACAAAAGGGGGUAAGUGGAGGGUCAAAUUAACAUUACGAAAGUAGCUCAAGACAGAACCGCUUCUUUGUCAGUGUGAAAAAUUUCCGUAAAUAUAGGUAUUUACUCCUUGAAGUAAUAGUACGUACCGUUUUAUUGUUAAACUUUAAAGUAAUUACCCGGUGUUGUGUCUACUUUCAACAGCUGCUGGUCGUAUCUUGGCCAUAUUGGUAGACGUCAAGAAGUCUCUAUUGGACGGUACACUGAGUGAGUUAUAAAAGGCGCGCUUAAGCUGCAUCACCACUAGGAAACUACUGUUUGCGAGUUACAUAAAUCCCUCUUACCCUGCCUAAUUGAAUGGAGAUCAUGAUAAGUUUACUUUUCCCUAGUCCAGUCUAAUCUGAUUGAAAUACGCAUUUUUCAUCCGCGUUUCAGACACGUGGCAGAAUUACUCACGUCCUCGUGUAAACUCUCGGACGAACUACUUCGCUGACAUGCAGCCUCUCAAACUGCAGUGGCUACUGGCUCCACACUCGUUUAUUAUUAUCUUAAUCUCCUCUUAUCAAAUAUUUCUGGGUUUUUGGUUCCACGUACAGUAUCUCCAUUGUAAACCAGUUUGUAACGUUUAACUUAUUUGUGGGAAAGAGUCAUUUGUUAUGCUCAAAAAUCAUACUUACUUGUUACUUUCAAAUAAAUUUUGCAAAUAAAUCGAGCAAUGAUUGCUCUGCAAUUUGAAUUUGAUAACUCUAAAUUUACUGAGCAGCUAAAUACUGUGAAUUAACGGCUCAAGUAGCCUUGAUAAGUUUAAAGAGAAGAAAAAUACCUAAAUGUGUAUAUAAAUUUCAACUCGUUGAAGGGAUCCCCCCUGUGUACAAGGAUCAAUCACUCACGAGUUAGGACACGCCAUCGGAUUUUUACACGAACAGAAUCGACCUGACAGGGAUGAUUACGUCAAAAUCAACUGGCAUAACAUGGCGCACGGUCAGUAUGAACAAGUUUGAUUAUACUAUUAUGACUAUAUGUGGAGAAAUGCGUUCAUCAUUAUGAAAUACAGUUCCAUUUUGUUGAGGAUUGGUGAUCCUAAACUUUACCCACGUAGGGUAUAAUACACACCAUUUGCGCUUACAAUAAAAACAAUGCGUGGUAAAUAUAUUUGUUAUUAGCUAAACCGAUUAAUUUUGUGUUACAAGUCGCCAAGAUAACUUUUCGCCUCAGUUUCACUUUUUUUUCUCUUGAUUAAAAAAACUAUGAAACGUAUAUGACCUCCAAGAGACUUGGGCGAAUGAUCUGGCACACAGCGCAUUGUGUUGAGCUUGAAACGAAGGUUCCUUUUUCUACUUUUUCUUUUGUGGUGGAUUUUGAUCCAACAGUUACAUUUAUGGUACAAAAGUAUUGGAUCGAGGUACGGUGAAAAGUUCCAUCCAUUUCUUUGAGCCAUGAUUAAUUUAGUCUAAACUGGAGCACAUCCUAGGGAGACGUUGUGUCACUCAAUACAUAGACGAGGCCCUUUUUCCUGGUUCCUUUUUUCAACGAUAAGUUCAGGUUUAAAAAAAGCCUAUUUUAAUAUUUCAACAUAAACCGAGAGGUUGCAUGCUCAAACACCGCAAAAUCAAUGACUAUACCACGAAUGCACAUAUUGUUAUAAAAUCAUUAGUAGCGCGCUUAUUGUGAUAAGUUCAGUUGCACGUGCCUAUGUUCCGGGUGAUUUAUGCCUGCAUGCUUCUAACAGUAUUUUCUCACACAAUUCAGGAGCAGCAAGUCAGUUUGAAAAGGCUGACCCUAAUGAGGUAGACUAUCGAGGAGAGCCAUAUGACUACGGAUCCAUCAUGCACUAUUCCAGGUACCAAGGGAAUAAUCGUCCUAAUGCCAUGACGAUGGAGCCUAUAAAAGCUAAUGCUGAAAUUGGUCAGCGUAAAAGCCCCAGUAAAAGUGACAUACGGCAAGCUCGGCUUAUGUAUGGCUGUGGCGGUACGUUCACGUGACUAUGUCAUGUAAAUUAAUUCGAGCGCGUAGUUACCGGGAUGAGAUCCUUUUCUUUUAAAAUAAAACAAUUAUUAUAACUUUUAUUCAUAAUAUAAAUGUUGUGUUUUUUUUCUACCAAGAACUUCUCCUCUCACUAUGUUUAUAUAGGAACCAAAGCUGACGGCAAAAAGCCAGAAAACGAGCCCCCCGGGCCUGAGCCAGGUCAGUCAUAAGCUUAAGUAACCCCCUCGUUUGUAGAGUGUCCCCAUCCAGGACAAUAAAAACCGUCGACAACUCAACCGUAAUGAAUAAAGAGUUUCCUUUACAAUGUUACGUUUCAUUUCAAUGAAAAACAGUUUUGCCUUCGUUGUUCUUUCUAUCCAGGCAUAAAGGCUAGCAACGCUAUUACAAGGUAAUAGCGUCAUCUGAGUAGCAUGUCUCUGAAAGAAGACUUGAAAACACUAGGACCCAUUUAUAUGGUCUCGUUUCCUCAAUGUUACGGACGAGGUUCAAUUUUGAAUUCAUAUCUUUUCACAGCAGCACCUCCACCUCCACCUCCACCUCCUGGACCUGGCCGUCCCCAACCUGGUUAGUUUUUAGCGAUUUCAAGUAAUUGACUAUCAUUUCGGACAUACGCUUGAUACGAUAAAAACUAAGACGGGAUGUCUAAUAAGGUUUCGAGGAGGUCUCCAAAGGCUUUGGGUAUUAGGUAUCGCAGUUACAGUUAGUGAAAUCUCUAAUUGACCGUCGAAAGUAAACCUGGAUAUGCAUUGGUUUUGCAUGCCUUAUUUGGCUUUCUAAUUGGUCUAGAAGACCUGGAACUCUUUAACGGUGAAUAGGGUAACUACCAAUAAACAACUAGAGAUAUCAUUUGAACGAAACACAGACAAAAGAAAACCCCGACUAUCCAAGAGAAUAGUAAAUAAGAGCAAACAGCGUCACGGGAAUAAUGAUCUUACUCUUUUUAUGGCAUUUUGCAGGUGGUCCACCAAAUUGUAUCGGAAAAACAGAAAAUUCUGGACGAAUGCAAAAAAUAAUCCUGGGUAAGUAAAGAUAAAAUUAUUUAUUUAACAUAAUAAUUUCCUCCCUAGAUUUGACUCCGGGCCGCGAUUCUUAUUUUCUACUUAACUCUUCCUCUUAGCCCCCAGAAGAAAUUGACCUGAGACUUCUCUUUGUGAUACCGAUAUGUCUUUUUACAAUCUGGUUAUGAGAAAGACAAGCUUAUUAGCUUAAGGGUAUUAUGUUGAACACCAAACUACCUUGUCCAAUUUUCGAUGAAAUUUAAGAGAGUAAUACGAGAGAAUUAUUAAUUGGAUCUUGGAUAGUAAAUAGUUAAACCUUUUUUUUUCUGCUUGAAGUCUGCAAGAAUCCCGACGAUGACAAAACAACAAACACAACACAGGUCAGUCUUGAAGGUUAUGGUAGUGAAUGAGUAAUUGAGCUGCCCGUUAAGGCUUCCGCCGAAGAAUUCGUAUUUAUGAUCCUGUCAUAUAAUCGGUUGAUAGCGUCGAGGGUUAAGCUAGAACAGUGCCACCUUAAUAGAUCCUUUCCGAAAUGUCUAAGUUUGUAUUUGUAAAGAAGAAAAACAGGCGGCAAGGCCAGUUCCUGUUGAUUGUUAACUAGAGCCCUAAAUUUAUUCUCUCGACAAUCAGGUGACUAAUCUCAGCUCUUGGUUGUAACAUUUUUGGUAUCUCUUCGUUCUGUCAAUUGACUUUGGAAGAGCUAGGUUACCAGAUUUACUGGUUCAUCCCUGAACAAAACUUUUCGGUAGUAACUCUUCUUUUACGUAGAAGCAUUUAUGGAAAUCGUCGACAUACGUUAGGAUACAUAAAUCACUUCUUAAAUUUAGAUAUAGAUCUACUUAUAAUCAGCGUCAAAAUUAGUUGACACAUCAUAUUUGAAGAGUGUUAUUUAUGUGCAGAGUAACAUUGACAAGACCCCCCCUCCCUCAUUUAAAGUUGCCUUUAUGUAGCUAAAAGUUCAUGGAAUCACACGACACAGCAUUUUUUUUUGGGGGGGGAGGGGGCGAAUAGGUUAACCUAACAGGGACAAAAGAUAAAUUGAAGUAAUAGGGGGUUGAAAAGAUCAAUGUGUCAACAAUUUUGUCGCUGAUUGCAGGUUAAAAAAAACUAAACAAAAAGUAACCAUUGUUUUUUUCGAGAGAGAGGAAAGCCAAUCUUACAUUUUUUUACCAACUCCUUAUUCUUCUCCUUUUAGACCCAAGUGAAUUCAAAGGAAACCUGGAACGGGGGAACGUAGUUGACAAUGAUGCAUACAUGAAUCAAAUUAAUUGGAGAAAGUACAAACGGGAUAUCUGUCGCGUCAUACUGCAUCCUUGGCCUAUAAAGGAGAAUCUAUUAAUCUAUUAACUUCAACCAUAUAUAGAAUUCUAUGCACGUUCGCUGCCCACACAAUAGCCCAGAUAUUUAAUUCACUAUUAGCACUUUUGUUUUUUCAUAAAUUAGUGAGAGAGGCAGGGGUGAAAAUGUAAGAACUUACUGUUUCCUAUCAGAAAAAAUAAGGGCAAAAAAAGGCUUACUCAUCAUAAUCAAUCGUUUGAAAGAGAUGAAAGCCUUUCAUCGACCAAGUAGCCUAAGGAGUUUAAAAGCUAGAAGCCAAAAGCUUUCUUAAGGCUGGCCGCAUAUUCGUAGUAAAAAGAAAACACACCAGGAGUAAGAGAUCUACAAGAUAUCACAGGAAAAAAUGAUGAAGACUAAAAAUAGCACGUGAGACAAAGAUAUGGAUACAAAUGCGAAUAUGCAUUGAGAUAUGAGAUGUGAAGGCUUAUUUUACCUAAUUUUGAAAGCUCUCGAUUCUCAGCCCCACUUACUGAAAUAAAAAUCAAUUCACAAUUCAAUUUAUAAUUUUGUGUUCGCUAGUAUGGCAAGGAAGAACAGAAACAACACGACUUGCUGUCGAAUUAUAUCCGUAAACCACAAACGAUUGGGUUCGAACAGUUCUAAGUUAAGACCAGGUGGUCAGAAUCGACAGUGUUUAUGAUAUGCUCAACUAGAUAAAAGAAAUAUGAGAUGAAAUAUGAUUUCAAACAAAAAAUUGUCGACUUAUUUCCCAAGUCAAAUAUCUUGACCUUUCCAAGUAGAAGUCGGCUGAGAAGGUGACGGUGUUACAUUUAAAGGCAUGAAUUUUGCAUAACUUUAAGGAUAAGGCAAGAUGGCUUUACUUGUGAAGCAAUGGCUGUUGCUAUCGUUAGGGAUAUUUCUUGCACACGCUCGGCCGAAAGGUUUGUUUAAUUUUCCCCUUUUUGUUCCUUUUGUUUUGACUGUAUUCAAAGGAAUCAAUUAGAUAUGACACUAACAAUGUAUAUAUUUGUAAACAAAUGAGACAGACAAGUUAUUAGGAGUGCUCGGCAGGCGACAGUUUCCGCUCAGUACGUGACAAAAAUCAUUGAAGUGAACGCCACAUCAUGAUAAAAUUGAUACAAUUUUGGCCAAACGCAUGGUAUUGUUGACAAAACUGUUACUCAAGGAUGGAAAAAAGAUGCUCCUAUUCGUUAAAACAACAGGUGGCUGGUGAGGUAAAGAGAGCUUGACAUAGAUUUCAUUUCGCAAUCACUGCUCAAUGAUUUCAUAAAUAGAUCUUCCUCAGGGCUAACAGAGAAUGAUUUAAGUUGGAAUUAAAUCGAAGCCUAGCAAUAGAUCGACAUCCCAUGUUACUCGACCAAUGCACUGAUAACAGUUGCUUAUUGCAAUUCAAAACGUCAAAUGGCCAAAUUAAUGAUAAGUCACCCAAAAAUUUAUCCUUUUCUUCAACCUUAACGAAGUAAAACUUUCUUUCUUUUAUUAAUAUACUCCCAAUUUUCAGUAAUGCAGUGCAUUUCUCUUUAUCACUUACAUGCCGUAGAGAAGUAUUUUGUUUGUUUGUUUGUUUGUUUCUGUUCGAUUUUUAAAUACAGUGGAAAAUUCAUGGGAGUCAGCUUGGGUGUCUUUUGUGAAUUAUUGUUGUUCAUCUCUCAGUACCCGAUUACGAAGACGAUGUGCCCGAACUGUACGAGGGAGACAUUGCACUAACUAAAGAACAGGCCGAAAUUCUUAGGAAGUCACGGCCAACCUUCAACAAGUCAGCGGACUGGAAUCAAGAGGCUCAAACGAGAGGCGCCAUCUCGAAUCCACGUCAACUCUGGCCAGACGGAAUUAUACCGUUUGUAAUAAAUUCACGAAUUGGUACCUGAUCAGUUACUUUUCUUCGUCAGACUCUAGUUUAGAGCUUUAUCAGUAUCCUUACACUUAUUAUCCAACUGAGUACUGAGUAGAGUACAAAUAACACUUGAAUAGAGUACAAAUAUCCCGCGAUAAUCUACGGUUAUUUGGACAGUUGGUUAUUUUGUAUUGUAAAGAACACCUGUUCAACCAGUCGGCUGCGCGUUGUUUGUAUUUUGACUCACCGUUCGUGCUCUUCAAAAUAUGGCACAACUCGUAAAAAUACUCAGCGAUACUACACACCAAAACGUGUAAUAAGAUAUAUUUAUUCACAGUUGCAUUGGUGCUAAAUCUUAAUCGAAACCUUUCGGUCCUUUGCGUUGCCUUUUAAUUCCUUCAACACAUGAAUUAUUCUGAUAUUUGCCUUUGUAAACGUUUCUCAUUCUUAUAAUUAGACGCUAGAGGAAGGCAACUGAUUAGAAACUCGAUAAAAGAUUGGAUGGAUCAUGUUCCCUGUAUUCGGUUUAAACAGAGAGAGCGAGAGAGAGGAUACAUCGAGUUUGUUUACAAGAGGGGGUAAGUAAAAGGUUAAAUUAACAUUACGAGAGUAGCUCAAGACAGAACCGCUACUUUGUCAGUGUGAAAAAUUUCCCAAGAUAUAGAUAUUUACACCUUAAAGUAAUAGUACGUAUCGUUUUAUUGUUAAACUUUUAAGUAAUUACCCGGUGUUGUCUCUACUUUCAAUAGCUGCUGGUCGUAUGUUGGUCAUACUGGAGGACGUCAAGAACUCUCUCUUGGACAGUUCACUGAGUGAGUUAUAAAAGGCGCGCUUAAGCUGCAUCUGCAUUAUGAAACUACUGUUUGCGAGUUACAUAAAUCCCUCAUAACCUGCCUAAUUGAAUGGAGAUCGUCAUGAUAAGUUUACUUUUCCCUAGUCCAGUCUAGUCUGAUUGAAAUAUGCAUUUUUCAUCCACGUAUCAGACACAUAGCAGAAUCACUCUCGCCCUCAUGCAAAAUUUUGGACGAACUACUUUGCUUACAUGCAGCCUCUCAAACUGCAGUGGCUGCUUUGCAUCUCUACAUUCGUUGAUUAUUAUCUCAAUCUUUUGUUAUCAAAUAUUUCCGGGUUUCCGGUUCCUGGUACAGUAUCUCUAUUGCAAACCAGUUUCAGUGUAACGUUUAACUUAUUUUGUGGGAAAGAGUAAUUCGUUAUACUCAGAAAUCAUACUUAAUUGUUACUUUCAAACAAAUUUUGCAAAUAAAUUUAGCAAUGAUUUCUCUGCAAUUUGAAGUUAAUAAGUCUAAAUUUACUGAGCAGCGAAAUACUGUGAAUUAACGGCUCAUGUAGCCUUAACUGAUAACUUUAAAGAGCAGAAAAACGCUUAAAUAUGGAUAUAUAUUAAUUUCAACUUGUCGAAGGGAUCCCCCUUGUGUACAAGGAGCAAUCACUCACGAGUUAGGACACGCCAUCGGAUUUUUCCACGAACAGAAUCGACCUGACAGGGAUAAAUACGUCACAAUCAACUGGCAGAACAUCAGGAAUGGUCAGUAGGAACAAGUUUUAUUAUACUGUUAUGAUUAUAUGUGGAGAAAUGCGCUCAUCAUUACGAAAUAGAUUCCAUUUUGUUAAGGAUUGGUGAUCCUAAACUGUACCCACGUAGGGUAUAAUACAAACCAUUUGCCCUUACAUUAAAAACAGUACUUGGUAAAGAUAUUUAUUAUUGGCUAAACCGAUUAAUUUCAUGUUACAAGUCGCCAAUAUAACUUUUCGCCUUAGUUUCACUUUUUUUUUCUCUUGAUACAAAAACUGUGAAACGUACAUGGCCACCAAGAGACUAGGGCGAAUGACCUGGCAUACAGGGCACUGUAUUGAGCUUGAAACGAAGGUUCCUUUUUAUAUUUUUUUUCUUAUGCGGUGGACUUUGAUCCAACAGUUACAUUUAUGCUACAAAAAAGUAUUGGAUCGAGGUACGGUGAAAAGUUCCAUCCAUUUCUUUGGGCCAUGAUUAAUUUAGUCUAAACUGGAGUUGUGUCACUCAAUACAUAGACGUGGCCCUUUUUACUGGUUCCCUUUUUAACAAUAAAUUUAGGUUAAAAAAAGCCUAUUUUGGUAUUUCAAUAUAAACCGAGCGGUUACAUGUUCAAACACCGCGAAAUCACUGACUAUACCCCGAAUGGGCAUAUUGUUAUAAAAUCAUUAGUAGUGCGCUUAUUGUGAUAGAGUCAAUUGCACGUGCCUAUGUUCGCCGCUGUAUAUCUAGCCCGGAAAUUUAUGCUUGCAUACUUCUAACAGUAUUUUGUUACACCCUUCAGGGGCAGAAGAUAACUUUAAAAAGGCUAAACCUAAUUCGGUAGACAGUCGAGGAGAGCCAUAUGACUACGGAUCCAUCAUGCACUAUUCCAAGUACGCAGGGAAUAAUCGUCCUGGUGUUAUGACGAUAGACGCUAAGGAUCCUAAUGCCGAAAUUGGUCAGCUUAAAGGCCCCAGUAAAAGUGACAUAAAGCAAGCUCGGCUUAUGUAUGGCUGUGGUGGUAAGUUCACGUGACUAUGUCAUAUGAAUCAACCCGAGCGCGUAGCUACCGGGAAAAGAUCCUUUUCCUUUAAAAUAAGACUGUACCUGUGACUAUUGUUAACGAUAUAAAUGUUGUGUUUUGUUCUGCCACGAAUUAGUACGGAAAGUUAUUUUCUUUGUUUGGUUAGUCACGUGAUUUGGGAUUUCUUAGUAGGGGCACGAAAUUUGAAGUUCUGGUCCGUUUUUAUGAUUCUUCCCUUGCAAGUUCAUCAGUUCUACAUAUUUUCUGUCGCUGUAUCGCGAUGUGAAGAUUUAAGGUUUAUAAUCAAUGUAUUUCGUUUGAGAGUGCUAAAUGUGCCUUUGUCGCAUCUAAGGGCACAAGAACUUGAAUUGUGUGCCAUUGAGUCUCGCAUAGGAACAGUGCUAACUUCACCUCUCACUAUGUUUAUAUAGGAACCAAAGCUGGAGGUAAAAAGCCAGAAAGCAAGCCCCCCGGGCCUGAGCCAGGUCAGUCAUAAGCUUAAGUAACCCACCUCGUUUGUAGAGUGUCCCCCUCCAGGACAAUAAAAACCGGUAACAACUCAACCAUAGCGGAUGAAGAGUUUCCUUCACUAUGCUACGUUUCAUUUCAAUGAAAAACAGUUGUGCGUUCGUUGUUCUUUCUAUCCAGGUAUAAAGGCUAGCAACGCUAUUGCAAGGUAAUAGCGUCAUCUGAGUAGCAUGUCUCUGAAAACACUUUUUGAUUCCUUGUCUUUUUACAGCAGCACCUCCACGUCCACCUCCACCUCCUGGACCUGGCCGUCCCCGACCUGGUAAGUUUUUAGCGUUUUCAAGUAAUUGGCUAUCAUUUCGGACAUAAGCUUGGUACGAUAAAAACAAAGAUGGGAUGUCUAAUAAGGUUUCGAGGAGGUCUCAAAAGGCGCUGGGUAUUAGGUAUCGCAGUUGCAGUUAGUGAAAUUUCUAAUUGACCGUCGGAGGUAAACCUGGAUUGCAUUGGUUUUGCAUGUCUUUUUGGCUUUCUAAUUGGUCCAGAAGACUUGGGACUCUUAAAUGGUGAAUAGGGUAACUACCAAUAAACAACUAGAGAUAUCAUUUGACCGAACCACAGACAAAAGAAAACCUCGACAAUCUAAGAGAAAAGUAAAUAAGAGCAAACGACGUCACGGGAAUAAUAAUCUUACUCUUUUUAUGGCAUUUUGCAGGUGGUCCACCAAACAGUAAUUGUAUCAGAAAAGUAGUAAAGUUUGGAAAACUGCUAAAAAUAAUCCAGAGUAAGUGAAGAUAAAAUGAUUUGUUUAACAUAAUAAUUUCCUCCCUAGAUUUGACUUCGGGCCGGGAUUCUUACAUUCUAUUUGUCUUAUCCUCUUAAUCCCACAGGAAAUUGACCUGAGACUUCUCUUUGUGACACAGAUAUGUCUUCUUGCAAUCAGGUUAUGAGGAAAGACAAGCUUACUAGCUCAAGGGUGUUAUGUUGAACACCAAACUACCUUGUCCAAUUUUCGAUGAAAUUUAAGAGAGUAAUACGGGAGAAUUAUUAAUUGGAUCUUGGAUAGUAAAUGGUUAAACCUUUUUUUUCUGCUUGAAGUCUGCAGGAAUCCCAAUGAUGAAAAAACAACAAGCACAACACAGGUCAGUCUUAAAGGUUAUGGUAGUGAAUGAAUAAUUGAGCUGCCCGUUAAGGCUUCCGCCGAGGUAUUCGUAUUUAUGAUCCUGUCAUAUGAUUGGUUGAUAGCGCCGAGGGUUAGGCUGGGCUGUGGUUCAUCCCUGAACAAAACUAUUUGGUAGUAACUCUUCUUUUACGUAGAAGCAUUUAUGGAAAUCGUCGACAUACUUUAGAAUACAUAAAUCACUUCUUUAAUUUAGAUAUAGAUCUACCGAUAAUCAGCGUCAAAAUCAGUUGGCACAUCAUGUUUGAAGAGUUGUAUUUAUGUGCAGAGUAACACUCCUGUUUCUACCACAUACUAAAUCAUUGACAAGACCCCCUCCCCUCCCUCAUUUAAUAUUGCCUGUAUGUAGCUAAAAGUUCAUGGAGACACAACAUUUUUUUGGGGGAGAGGGGGCGAAUAGGUUAACGUAACAAGGGCAAAAGAUAAAUUGAAGUAAAAGGAGUUGAAAAAAUCAAUGUGUCAACAAUUUUGUCGCUGAUUGCAGGUUAAAAAAAGCUAAAAAAAAACCGUAACGAAUUUUUUUGGAGGGAGGAAAGCCAAUCUUACAUCAUUUUUUACUAACUCCUUAUUCCUCUCCUUUUUUAGACCCAGGUGAAUUCAAAGGAAACAUGAAACGGGGGAACGUACUUGAUAAUGAUGAUGAUGCAUAAAUGAAUAAAAUUGAUUGGGGAAAGUACAAACGGGAUACCUCUUACGUCACGCUGCAUCCUUGAAUUAUAAAGAAGAAUAAUGCACUUAAUAUAUUAACCUUAACCAUGUAUAGAAUUCUAUGCACGUUCGCUGCCCACACAAUAGCCCAGAUAUUUAAUUCACUAUUAGCACUUCUGUUUCUUCAGAAAUCAGAGAGGAGGGCAGGGGUGAAAAUGUAAGCAUUUUCUCAUCAUAUUCAAUCGUUUGUAAUAGAUAAAAGCCUUUCAUCGACCGAGUAGCCUAAGGAGUUUAAAAGCUAGAAACCUAUGGCUUUCUUACGGCUGGCCACAUAUUCGUAUUAAAAGGAAAACUCACCAGGAGUAAGAGAUCUACGAGAUACUUCAGGAAAAAAAUGAUGAAGUGGGACAAUGAUAUGGACACAAAUGCGAAGAUGUAUUAAGAUAUGAGAUGUGAAGACUUAUUUGAAAGCUCUCGGUUCUCGGCCCCUUUGACUGAAAUAAACAUUAAUUCGCUUAUUAAUUAGUUCUAAUAGUUUUGUGAUUGCUAGUAUAGCAAGGAAGACCAGAAACAACACGACUUGUCGUCGAAUUAUAUCUGUAAACCGAAAACGAUUGGGUUCGAACGGUUCUAGGUUAAGACCAGGUGGUCAGAACUGAAUAUGUCUCUAAGCUACAAUUAUCUUUAAUACGAGUUCUUAACGUCUAAACCAAUACCAGCAAUAAAGCACUUAGAUACUUAUUUCCUAAGUCAGAUAUCUUGACCUUUUCAAUUAGAAGUCGGCUGAGAAGGUUACGGUGUUACAUUUAGAGGCACGAAUAUAAGGCAAGAUGGCUUUACUUGAGAAGCAAUGGCUGUUGCUAUCGUUAGGGAUAUUUCUUGCACACGCUCGGCCGAAAGGUUUGUUUUAUUUUCCCCUUUUGCUCCUUUUGUUUUGAUUUUAUUAUCAAAUGAAUCAAUUAGAAAUGAUACUAAUAAUGUCUAUAUAUUGUAAACAAAAUAACACACACAAGUUUUUAGGAGUGCUUGGUAGGCGACAGUUUCCACUGACUCAGUACGUGACAGAAAAUCAUGAAAGUGAACGCCACAUUUUAUGAUAAAAUUGUUAUUUUAAGUCCAUAAGGUAACCCUUUGAACUAAAAAUAAUUUUAGCCAAACGCACGGUAUUGUUGAAUAAAACUGUCACUCAAGGAUGGAAGAAAGACUUUCCUAUUAGUUAAAACAACAGGUGGCUGGUGAGGUAAAAAGAACUUGACAUGGAUUCUAUUUUAGCUUUUGCCUCCAUAAAACACAGCACAAUCACUGCUCGAUGAUUUCAUAAAUAGAUCUUCCUCAGGGAUAACAGAGAAUGAUUUAAGUUGGAAUUAAAUCAAAGCCUAACAAUAGAUCGACAUCCCAUGUUACUCGACCAAAGCACCGAUAACGAUUGCUUGUUGCAAUUCAAAACGUCAAAUGGCCGAAUAAAUGAGAAGUCACCCAAAGAUUUAUCCUUUUCUCCAACUUUAAUGAAGUAGACCAAUUUUUUUCUUCUUAAUAUAUUCCCAAUUUUCAGUUGCGCAGUGAGUUUCUCUUUAUCACUCACAGGCCGUAGAGGAGUAUUUUGUUUGUUUGUUUGUUUGUCUGUUUUUUCUGUUCGAUGUUUAAAUACAAGUUGCAAACUAGAGGGAGCUGCAGUCAAUCAGCUAAAAUUUCAUGGAAAUCAGUUUAGGUGUCUUUUAUGAACUAAAAAUUUCCAGCAUCUCUUUGUUGUUUAUCUCUCAGUACCCGAUUACAGGGACGAUGUACCCGAACUGUACGAGGGAGACAUGGCACUAACUAAACAACAGGUCAAAAUUCUUAAGCCGUCACGGCUAACCUUCAACAAAGCAGCGGACUUGAAUCAAGAGGCUCAAACUAGAGGCGCCAUAGAGAAAGUGCGUCAACUCUGGCCAGACGGAAUCAUCCCAUUUGAAAUAAGUUCACAGAUUGGUACCUGACCAAUUAUUUUUCUCUCAUCAGUCGCUAGUCUAGAGCUUUAUAAGUAUCCUUAAAUGGAUUCAUGGUUGUAUUGGCGCUAAAUCUUAACCGAAAUCUUUCGGUCCUCCGGUCUGAUCCACCACUAUUUCAGGGCUCCCAUUGAUAAAAUACAGCUUUUUGCAUCUGAAGGGGCUACCCAGAGCGGUAUAAAUCAAUAAAGGUUCCCUUUAAUUCUUUCAACAUAUGAAUCAUUCCGAUAUUUGCCUUUGUAAACGUGUCUCAUUCUUAUGAUUAGACGCUAGAGGAAGGCAACUGAUUAGAAACUCGAUGAAAGAUUGGAUGGAUCAUGUUCCCUGUAUUCGAUUUAAACAGAGAGAGCAAGAGAAAGGAUACAUCGAGUUUGUUUACAAGGAGGGGUAAGUAAAAGGUCAAAUUAACAUUACGAAAGUAGCUCCAGACAGAACCGCUACUUUGUCGGUUUGAAAAUUUCCCAAAAUAUAGAUAUUUACUUCUUAAAGUAAAAGUACGUAUCGUUUUAUUGUUAAACUUUAAAUUGUAAUUACCCGGUGUUAUCUCUACUUUAAACAGCUGCUGGUCGUAUGUUGGUCGUAUUGGUGGACGUCAAGAAGUCUCUAUUGGACGGUUCACGGAGUGAGUCAUAAAAAGGCGCGCUUAAGCUGCAUCUCUACUAUGAAACUACUGUUUGCGAUUUACAUAAAUCCCUCUUAACUUGCCUAAUUGAAUGGAGAUCAUGAUAAGUUUACUUUUCCCUGGGCCAGUCUAGUCCGAUUGAAAUACGCAUUUUUCAUCCGCGUAUCAGACAUAUACCAGAAUUACUCACGUCCUCAUGAACACUUCCGGACGAACUACUUCGCUGACAUGCAGCCUUUCAAACUGCAGUGGCUGCUUUGUAUCUCUACAUUCGUUGAUUAUUAUCUCAAUCUCCUGUUAUCAAAUAUUUCCGGGUUUCUGGUUCCUCGUACAGUAUCUUUAUUGCAAACCAGUUUGUAACGUUUAACUUAUUUUGUGGGAAAGAGUCAUUUGUUAUGCUUAUAAAUUAUACUUAAGAAUAAGUCUCUGUAAAAAUCAAACAUCUUGAGAAAUGAAAAUUUCCAACCCCCCUUCAAAUUUUGCAUGCAGUUAGGCACUCAGGGGGGAUGCACAAAAAUGCCCUUUUUAAAGGUCGCAGCACUCUUGUUGCCAUAGUAACAACGGCUGCUUGUUCGGGGCCUGAGGUCUCAUUAUUAUACAAAAACGUCGCAAAAAAAGAGUGAAAUUUUUAUUUCUCUAUCUCAAGCUAAAUACAACAUUACAAAUUGGCACUUCUACCUUACAUAGUAACAUCAUUUGUCUUCACUUUAACAAAUUUAAUUUUCCCUGGGAGGGAAUGUGAACACACCAAUAGAUUAUUCAUCUCGGUACAGUUUCGGUCAUUUUUGUUGUUGGGUAAAACAGGGAAAACGUUUAUCUGAAUUUCUCCAAAUGUACACCGAUUCUGGAACUGAAACUACCCACCUGGCUGGUUAUAAUAUUCUAGUUUUUUAAUAUGUAAAAAUCUCUGCGGGCUUAUCUCUACUUUUUAUCAGGGCAAUUCGCGAAAAAAGUUCAAAAUCAGAUAUUGCAUAAUUUGGCCAUGUUUACAUCUAAUGUUCUCAACAGCAAACACUUCAGAUAAAUGAAACGUGCGAGGCCUUGAAAGAAGAGAAAUCUCACCUCUGGUUGUCAUCUUCUAAAAAAUUUGAUCAACCCUCAUGGAGGACAACUCGACGUAACUACAAACAUAUACCUCAAAUCGUGUGCAUAUCCAGACUCCGAGUGCUGCACCUUUCUUUCAUGGGAAUUUGAGCAAUCCGAAAUCCUCUGAAAAUACGCUGUUAUACUUGUAUGUCAUUUGAAACAUGUUGAAGUCGGCGGAUCUACACGAAACUGUCCUCACACCGGUCAUUUGUCAUAAACAUGUACGUUAUCACGACGCUGUAUUUCUCCGUGAAGUUUCCAUCGGUCGCUCCAAAGAAGACGAGAAAUGAAUAUUUUUCAUAUAUCUUAGCAGAUUUCCACUCUCUGAAGCAAGAACAACCGAAAAAAAAAAGCAACGAAGAAAACUUAGAUUGAACGCUCGUAAACACUGAGAAUCUGAGAGUAAUAUAAAGAUUUAGGCAAGCCUAAAAGCAGAGCUCGCAUUUUUUUUUCCCGCACGUUUCUUCAACAAUACUAAAGCCCCUAUUAUGGAUAAAGUGCGUGGUUAUAUUAAUGGUUUUCAUUCGCAACUUCUCCGUGUCCGUGUAGAGGACUGAUUAUAAGAUAGUGCACGUGGUACAGUUGCCCGCGCAUGCUAAAAGUAGUACCUUGUGCGGUCGGUCGUACGGUCGUAGGGUCGUACGGUUAUACAUCCAAAUUUUUUCGGCUUGAUGGGUUACUACUAUUUUGUAUAAUUAUGGGGCUACGCUCCGCGAGCUCCGCUAUAAAUCGUAACUUGUCAGCGGCAGUACUACUAAACCCAGUUGCAAUUGCAAUUUGAACGACGUAGGCAUCUCCUUACAAAGAGCAGAUUCGGGCAGUUAUCAUUUCCUUGUGACAGGAACUGAGAUAUUUCGAAUCAUCUGAAAACUGUCAGAAAACUGUUAGAAAAUUUGCAUAAGAUAUGAUGAGGAGAGACUUAUCACCGCCGCAGUGCAAUCGAAUCAAUCAAUGUUUCCUUCCAUGUCUUGAUAAAGAGAAAGUCAUAACAAAGUUCGAAAUAAAAGAUUUAAUGAAAUCAUAAUGUCAUAAUUCCACCUUUCAAACAACUUAUUAUCCACACGUAAAUCGCAACUUGUCACUUGAACGAAACUCCGCUUGGUUAAAAUGUAAUCUGGAUUGCUUCAUGUCCUUCAGGAAAAAGAACAGCGAUUUCAUCACCAUUAUUUUCCAUACUUUUCUCCCGGAUAUCUUUUACAAGCUUAAAGAAAGAUGAAUAUAACGCAAUCUCCCAGUGAUUUACACGAGAGGAAGUCAAAGGUCUCUAAUUUUCCCCUGAGGUGGCCGGCUCACUAAGAAGAAAAAGGAGAUCGUUCGGUCCAAUAACGUUGUUCUGUAGAGAUUAUCAAGCUGAUAACUGAGAAGAUUGUGCCCUUUGGUUCAUCAGUGACAGCAUUAAUUAUUUCAAAUCUGUAUUUCUCGGUCCAAGCGACACUAAAAAUAGUUCCUUUGCAAUUUUGUAAGCACUUUCUAUAGCAUUUUAUUGUCAAGGGAAAUAAAUCUCAAGGCUCAAAGCCAAUAUAACGUUCGAGCACGUGAAAGACUUCCCGAAAAAAGCUAAAUUUUUGGAAAUUGAUUGUGAUGAAAUCCCUGUUCCGCUUGCUGUACUGCAGGGAUACUGAGUAGUUCAAAAUCUCCACUUGGUGAUGAUUUUCGUGCGAGUCGUCCAAAUUGCUCUUGUGGCGACUGGGUUUUACAUGUAUUACUGCCGCUGACAAGUUGCGAUUUCUGCUCUCAGAUUCUCAGUGUUUACGAGCGUUCAAUCAAGGUUUUCUCCUUUUUGGUUGUUUUUACUUAGAAUGCGCGGAAAUCUGCUGAUAUAUCGAAAAAUGUCCAUUUCUCGUCUUCUUUGGGGCGACCGAUGGAAACUUCACGUCACAACGUACAUGUUUAUGACAAAUGACCGGUGUGAGGAUAAAUGAAUAAAGGGGUAAGUUUCUAAAGAAACUGUGGUGCUGCAUCGGUGGGAGAGUAUAGCAGGUAAUGAAGUGUUAGCAACUGAGUUGAAAACGUAAAUUAGCCACCGUAAAGGGUAAAAAAGCUAACGUUACGAGCGUUAGCCCUUCGUCAGAGCGAUCGGAGGAAUUGUGGGUUGUGUGUGGAUAUCCGUUGUGAGGAUAGUUUCGUGUAGAUCAGCCGACUUCAACAUGGUUUAAAUGACAUACAAAUAUAACAGUGUAUCUUCAGAGGACUUUAGAUCGCUCAAAUUCCCAUAAAAGAAGGUGCAGAACUCGGAGUCUGGAUGAUAUGCACACGAUUUGAGAUAUAUGAAGGGUGAUCAAUCUUUUUUAAAAAAUGACAACCAGAGGUGAGAUUUCUCUUCGGUAUAUUGCUCAUAAGAUAACAUUCUUUCAAAGCCUUGCAUGUUUCAUUUUUCUGAAACAUUUGUUGUAAGAACAUUAGAUGUAAACAUCGCCAAAUUGUGCAAUAUCUGAUUUUUGAGCUUCGUUCGCGAAUUGCCCCGAUAAAAAUUAGAGGCAGGCCCGCAGAGAUUUUUACAUAUUUAAAAACUAGAAUAUCAUAACCAGCCAGGUGGGUAGUUUCAGUUCCAGAAUCGGUGUACUUUUGGAGAAAUUCAGAUAAACGUUCUCCUGUUUUACCCGACAACAAAAAUGACCGAAACUGUACCGAGAUGAAUAAUCUAUUGGUGUGUUCACGUUCACUCCCAGGGAAAAUUGAAUGAAUCAAUAUGAAGACAAAUGAUGUUACUACGUAAGUUAGAAGUGCCAAUUUGUGAUGUUGUAUUUAGCUUGAGAUAGAAAAAUAAAUAUUUCACUCUUUUUUUGCGACGUUUUUGUAUGAAAAUGAGGCCCAGGCCUCGAACAAGCAGCUGUUGCUACCAUGGCAACAAGAGUGCUGCGACCUUUAAAAAGGGCAUUUUUGUGCAUCCCCCCUGAGUGCCCAACUGCAUGCAAAAUUUGAAGGGGGGUUGAAAAUUUUCAUUUCCCAAGAUGUUUGAUUCUUACAUAGACUUGUUCUUAAUUGUUAUUUGAAACAAAUUUUGCAAAUUGCUCUGCAAUUGGAAUUUGAUAACUCUAAAUUUUUUCUGAGCAGCGAAAUUCUGUGAAUUAACAGCUGUAGCCGUAACUGAUAAGUUUAAAAAAACACUUAAACGUGGAUAUAAAUUUCAACUUGUCAAAGGGAUCCUCCUUGUGUACAAGGAGCAAUCACUCACGAGUUAGGACACGCCAUCGGAUUUUUCCAUGAACAGAAUCGACCUGACAGGGAUUAUUACGUCAAAAUCAACUGGGAGAACAUCGUGAGUGGUCAGUAUGAACAAGUUUAAUUAUACUGUUUGUGAAUAUAUGGAAGUCAUAUAUUUGAACUGCGGUUAAAGAAGUGAAUGUGAAAGCGAUCUUCGUAGUAAUGAACACUACUUAUUCACCACUUCACGGGUUUAUUUGGAACCAACACAAUAACCAGCUCCCAGUUGGCUCGUUAGCUCAGUUGGUAGAGCACUGCACCGGUAUCGCAGAGGGCAUGGGUUCAAAUCCCAUACAGACCUGAAUUUUUUUCAGGCCUUCUUUUUCACUACUACUUAAGUAGUGUUCAUUACUGCGAAGAUCGCUUUCACAUUCACUUUAAUUAUACUAUUAUGACCAUAUAUGGAGAAAUGCGCUCAUCAUUAUGAAAUAGAUUCCAUUUUGUUAAAGAUUGGUGAUCCUAAACUGUACCCACGUAGAGGAUAAUACAACCCAUUUACCUUUGCAGUAAAACAAUGCAUGGUAAAAAUUCUGUCAUUAACUAAACCGAUUAAUUUCAUUUUACAAGUCGCCAAGAUAACCUUACGUCUCAGUUUUAUUUUUUUUCUCUUGAUUAAAAAAACUGAUAUGUACAUGACCUCAAAUAGACUAGGGGGAUGACUUGGAACACAGUGCGUUGUGCUGAGCAUAAAACAAAAGUUUCUUUUUCUACUUUUUUUUUUGUUUUUUCUUUUGUUUUUGUGGUGGAUGUUGACUCAACCAGUUAUAUCUAUGCUACAAAAGGUCGAGGUACGGUGAAAAGUUCCAUCCAUUUCUUUGGGCCAUGAUUAAUUUAGUUUAAACUGGAGCACAUCCCAGAGAGGAGUUGUGUCGCUCCAUACAAAGACGUCACCCUUUUUUAUGGUUCCCUUUAGGGUCAGACAGAAACUUUGAAGAAGUUAAAGAUAGUAUGAUAGACAGUCGAGGUCAGCCAUAUGACUACGGAUCCAUCAUGCACUAUUCCAAGUACUCAGGGAAUAAUCGUCCUGGUCUUAUAACGAUAAAGGCUAAGGAUCCUACAGCAGAAAUUGGUCAGCGUAAAAGCCCUAGUAAAGGUGACAUAACGCAAGCUCGGCUUAUGUAUGGCUGUGGCGGUAAGUUCACGUGA